AUGGAAUUUCGCAAUCCUGACAUCUACAUCGAUGCCGUCCAGCAUCAAAAGUCUCUUCGCACUGAAGUUUUCGGGAUGCAAUUGAAAGAAUAUGAAGCUCGCUUUUAUUCCGAGACACAAAAGUCUGAGAAAGGUGGAACAUAUCUGCCACGGAAACCGAUCACCGUUCUCAUGGAGUUCGAGAAAGACGAACUCAAAAGGGUGAUAGAAAAGUAGUGGUGGUUACAGUAGUCUCAGCUUCAUUUUCAGAUGUCCAUGUAUCCGAUGGGACUUUCUAGAUCGUGUCCGCAAGCGUGGACUGUCACCGAGCCAUUGAGGUUCACUGUCAAAAACCGAGUAAUUCUGUUCGAGGUCAGCGUGAAGGGCUCGCCGUUGAGUGACGCCGUCGUCGCUGAAGUGAUACGUACUGUUGGAAAGAAUUCGGUGGUGUUCGGUCUCACUCUGUACGACACCGCUUUGACUCCCACUGUCAUGAAAAUCGUGGAUCACUUUGCUAUCGAGGGAGUUAUUGUGCACGUCCCAUCAAAUGCGAUCGCGCCGGGGAUCAAAAGUUUAGGAACGGUAAGUUGAUGGGUUAAUAACUUCUGGUUGAUUAGUUUGAAAGUAUCAUGUCUAUUCAACUAUACUCUGGUCUAUAACUGACAUUUCAUUUGCAAUUCAGAUUACUACCCUCGUCGUCAAUGGUGAACACACUGUAGAGCGUUUGGAGUGCAUCAAAACCGCCCCGAAUCUUAGCAACCUCAUCGUCCAACUGAAAAACGACGAAGCGAGCCGGAAGCUGUUUACUGGUCUCAUCGCCGAGUGGCAACAAGGAAAACGCAACAUCACCCGGUGGAUCAUUCACUGUCCGAACGAAUGGGGCAUUAUCGAUCAGGACUACAACCGAGACGACGACAACGGCGAAAGUAUUCUACUUCUGAGAGCCACGAUGGGAUGUGAAGGCCGUACUAAAGUUUUGAUAACUACUAGUUCUGAUGAUACUUCUGUGCCUUCUUCUUCUUCUUCUUCUUCUUCUUCUUCUCCAUCUUCUCCUUCUGCGUAAAUGGGUACCACGUCUUGGAUAGUUGGUUUUAAUGCAAUUUUGGUCUUUCUAAAUUCUGUCAGGAAAAGUUUUAUGGUAUUCAUUUAUUUGUCUAUUAUAGGGCUCCAGUGAAAAAUAAUAAAGUUUAUUGGGCAGAGGAAGUCCAUGGAACUAAUAUUUUGUUGUCUCAAUCUCAGUAUAUUGAGAGAGAACAUAGUAUCUUUGAGAUUUUCAGAACAAGAACCAGGAAUACAGAUCUUGGGAUUUAAAAAACUACUUGAGUGCGUCGUGGACAUGUCGGUUUUGAGAAUGCUGCUCUCAGUGUGUUAUUUCCUGCAUGGAUUGCAGUCGCAAUGAACCUUUUCGAGUAUUUCAGCCGAUCGGAAUGAGUUCCGUAUUUCCCGAAACGAAAUCGCUUAGAAACGAAUGCGCAAGAGUGGAAAAACAGAAAAAGGUCACUGCACUUUUGUGUACGCUCUCCUGUGCGGACAUGUGUUCCACGGUCCCUCACGACUUUCCGUUUUCAAACGAAUUUAACAUGAAAACAGUUUUAGUUUCUCCAUUAUUUUGUGUGAAAUUUCCUAAAUUUCUGCAUGCUUCCCAUUCGAAUGUCGUAGAAAUAGAAUAAAAGCCUAUGAAUCGUGUCGUUUCUUCUCAUACAUAGAUACUUUUUUCCAGGUAAAUCUCCUGCGAUGAGCAUCGAUGAGAAGAUGAUCACACUUUUUACUUUGUAAAAUACCAUGUAAGUUGGCUUAUUUUUAUAAGUACCAUGAGCUAGCGGAGAAGUAGAUGGCGCUCUCUAGAAGGUUAACAUGUUCCUAUCAUCCUCAUCUGCUAGACCGGUCUGAAAGGUUGUAUGACAGGGAAUACUCAAGUAUCUUUUAGUUUCUGAUGAUUAUUACAGAUGUCAUACAAAAAUGGAAGUGCCCGUGAGCCCAGAAGGUUUCAAAAUUCUCAGUGUGAUAGGAAGUGGAUCUUUCGGAAAGGUAAGUGACAAAGAACUUAAAAAGUAUACUAUGUUUCCAGGUAUUCAAAGUCGUGAAGACUAGUGAUCCGGGAAGAGGACGGGUGUUCGCGAUGAAAGCAAUUCAAAAGUCAAGUCUCGAGACAAGAACUGACCAAGAACAUAUGCAGCGAGAGCAGAAGAUUCUGGAGAGCAUUGACAACAUUUACUGUUGUAAGCUCUUCCAGUCAUGUCAAUCUGUGCUGCACCUGUUCUUGAUUAUGGAACUAUGUUCUGGAAAAGAUUUGUGGUCAUUUUUUGAGAAGCACCCAGUUUUCACAGAGCAUGAGACCCGUUUCGUCCUUGCCGAGCUCACAAUUGCUAUCGAAUACAUCCAUCACAUGGGAGUGGUUCAUCGAGAUAUCAAGUCCGAGAACAUCUUCAUGGACAACAAAGGGCACAUGAAACUCGGAGAUUUCGGACUGGCUCAAGACGGUAUUUUCGAAGAAAAAACGAUGAUCAAAUUCUGCGGAACCAUUCAAUAUAUGGCACCGGAGAUCCUGCGGCGUGAGCUUUAUGGAAAAGAAGUCGAUUGGUGGAGUUUCGGAGUGGUCGCCUACGAGAUCGCUGAAGGAAUAUUUCCGUUUAAUGGUGAAACAUGGCAAGAAACAAAGCAGCUGAUCAUGAACGAAACCGCGAAACCCAAGAACAAAUUCCAGUUCCUUCCUGAACUUCUUCUUGAUUUGCUGACAAAAGAACCCAAGGAUCGUCUCGGAGCAGUUCAAGUAAAAGCUCACAAGUUCUUCAGAACAGUGAACUGGGCACAGGUUGCUUCCGGAAUGCUGGAAUCUCCAUUCAAAUUAGACUUGAGCGGAGAAGAGGACUUCUAUCAACUGGCCGAGAUUACGGAUCAACAGGAGGAUGCGAACAAAACAAACCCACCAGAGAUUGAAGAGGACGAUGACUAUUUUGAUUGUUUUUCGUUCGACGGAAUGAACGAUCCGAUCUCCCGAAACAAGUCAGUUUCCUUGAAAGUGUCGUUUCUUUGUUAG